CUCGUCUGCAGCUACCGGCAGCUCCGGCAGAUGGCCCAGUCCAUCUACAUGGCUGGGGUCCUGGUGGGCGCCCUGGUCCUGGGGGGCCUCUCGGACAGGUUUGGGCGCAAGGCCAUGUUGAUGUGGUCCUACCUGCAGCUGGGGGUGAUGGGGACGUGCACGGCCUUCGCCCCCAACUACGCGUCCUACUGCGUCUUCCGCUUCGCCGGUGGCAUGGCCCUCUCCGGCUUCGGCCUCAGCAUCGCCUGCCUGGUGGUGGAGUGGAUCCCCACGCCCUACCGCGCCAUCACCGUGGCCAUCACCGGCUUCGCCUACACCCUGGGCCAGAUCCUGGCCUACGCUGUCCCCCACUGGCGCUGGCUCCAGCUCACCGUCUCUCUGCCCUUCUUCGUCUUCCUCCUCUACUCCUGGUGGUUGGCUGAGUCCGCCCGUUGGCUGGUGCUCUCGGGGAAGGCCGAGAGGGCCGUGAAGGUCCUGCAGCGAGUGGCCAGGAUUAACAAGAGGAAGGAGGAAGGAGAGAAGAUCACGGUGGAGAUCCUGAGGUCCAACAUGAAGGAGGAAUUGGCUGGUCUGAAGUCCUCCUACACCAUCUCCGACCUGGUCCGGACCCCAGUCAUCCGCCACAUCUUCUUCUGCCUCUCCAUCGUCUGGUUCUCCAUCAGUUUCUCCUACUAUGGGCUGGCCAUGGAUCUGCAAAACUUUGGUGUCAGCAUUUACCUCAUCCAGGUGAUUUUCGGCGCCGUUGACUUCCCGGCCAAAGUGGUGGUGACCAUCUCCCUGAGCUACAUCGGCCGGCGGGUCUCACUCAUGGUGGCCCUCUUCUUGGCAGGGCUGGUCAUCAUUGCCAACAUCUUUGUCUCCACAGAGCUGCAGACGGUGCGCACGGCGCUGGCCGUCAUCGGCAAGGGUUGCCUCUCCGCCUCCUUCAACUGCGUCUUCCUCUACACCACCGAGCUCUACCCCACUCCCAUCAGGCAGACCGGGCUGGGCUUUGGCAGCACCAUGGCCCGAGUGGGUGGCAUCGUGGCACCGCUGGUGAAGAUGAUGGAUGAGUACUACCCCUUCUUGCCCCCUGCGGUCUACGGGGUGGCCCCCGUGGUGGCGGCCGUGGCGGCCGGCUUCCUCCCGGAGACCCUCAACAUGCCGCUGCCCGACACCAUUGAGGAGGUGGAGAGCAGGUGGGCAUGGGGAGGGAGGGCCAAAGGGACGGGUGGAGGGAUGGACUGGGCCAAACGGAAGAAGACGGAUGACCCCAAAGAGAAGAUCCCCCUCCAGCCCCAGGACAAGGCCCCACAGAAGGAGGCCUGA